AUGGCGCCAAAAAAGCAACAAGCAAAACAGGUUCCGCCUGGUCCCGGUGAUGAGGCGGUCAACAAGUCCUCAGACAACGCUGUCGCAAACCAAUCUCAGGCAUCUCCAAGUCAGCAUCAGGCAUCUUCAGAAGUUACCAAGAAGAAGAAGAAUCGUCUACAGACAUCGUCCGCAGGAAAUCCGAAACAGGCUAUCGAUCUCACUGGCGAUGACUCCGACACAGCAUCAGCUAGCAAGAGCACUGCAAGCACUGCAAGCACCAAACAAUCACAGCCAGCUCCCAAGAUGGAGAAUGAACCCAAAGACACUCAGGAAUCCAUGAGCGGACCUCCUGUGCCUGGUCUUGCUUCCUUCGCCAUCAACCCACAAACAAGCCUGAGUAACAACAGUGUGAUGGGCACAUCAGCGACCGAGAUCGAUGUUGCUCAGAGACUCUUCCAGCCACCGAUGAACAUGAACACACCCAUCCCAUUCAGCCCUGCUUCUUUCCCAUUCAACCUCCACCCAAACCCAAACCAAAGCCCAAACACCACCACCACCACCAUGAACACCACAGCCGACCAAGCAUCGCCAUCCGACCGCCCCGCCAAACGAGCUCGAAUGGACGACCCCGCCAGCACAGAGAAGAUCCUCGUCAUGCCCACUGUCCAGCAAUUCCGCAACAUGGCUCCCCCCUCCUACCUCACACCCAGCAUGAUCAACACCAACACCGCCACCGCCCCACCCCAGCUCUCCUCCGCGCCAAGCUUCGCCAAGAAAAUCGAGCUGUCACGUGAGAUCGGCGCCGCCCUGGGCAUCUCCCAGCGAGAUGCGUAUCAGCUUCUAUUGGAGAAUGGGUGGGUGGGGGAUGACGCCGUGCUGGCAUACCUGGGCGGGGGUAGGCCGAAGAAGGAGGAGGAGUAG